UUUGACAACUUCAUGCCGUCAUUUUGUUAUCAUCGGCAUAAAGUAAAGGAAAUUAGGAGUUAAACUAGGAUUGACAAAAACAAUAAAAUAAUCGAUAAUGUUACAGCUUAUUUUAUUUAUUUGAUAAAAAGUUUCUAUAAAAGCCGGUGCAUUUUAGGCAAUUUUUAAAAGUGUGAAUUUAUUGAAUUUAAAAUAAAAAUAUUGCAUUAAAAAAUUAAUAAAAAAAAUUUUUUUAAUUGUGAAAUUUAAAAAAAAAAUAAGUUUAAAAAAAUUGGAUAAAAAAUAAAAAAAAUUAACGAUGAGUGCUAAAAUUAUUAUAUUAUGUAGUUUAUUAAUAAGCUCAACGUAUGGAUUUAGAUUUCCUCGUAUUUUUGACGCUCCGAUGGAAGUAGCUCCUCAUAUUGUGUGUACGGGCGUUGCAGAUGGGACAAAACUUCCUGACGACACAGAUUGCGGUCAUUUUUUCUUGUGUGAUGGCGGUGCAUCAUUAAGACUUGCAUGCAGAUUAUCAGAACCACAUUUUGACAGAUGCGCGGGCGCUUGUAUCAAUGAUCCUUCUGUGUGUACAGUUACUGACUGCCCUGGGAGCACUGAAUCCUCCACAACAGAAUCCACAACAACAACAACAACGACGACAUCAACAACAACAACAACAACAACUACGACACCAGCACCGUCUGAUUCAACAACAAAAUUCAACCCUCCAACCGUACCAACUGUUUGUUCAACACCUUGUGAAACCACUUGGGAUGUUGCCACUUGUGAAUGCAUUGAAAAAUGGGUAUGCGAAAACGAUGUCUGCGUUUGCAAUCCAAAUAACGAAUGUCCUUUGACUGAAGCUGAAUGCAUUUUACCAGAAAAUUGUGGAUGUAUGGAAAGAUGUGAUUGCCCAGAAACAGAUAAGUGUAGCUGCGUAACCGAUGGCACACAAUGUCCAUUUGAUGACAUAGCUGGAGCUUGCAUUAAGAAUUGUGGAUGUCAAAGUAAUUGCAUAUGCACAGACACUACUGCUGCUACUGGUUGUACUUGCAAUCCAACAUGUACAUGCAAUGAACCUCCAAAAGUUUGUCCUUUCAAGCCUGCUGACUGUUUAACAAAUUGCGCUUGUGAUGAAAGAUGCAACUGUAAUGGUGAUUUUUGUACAUGCAAUGCUGAUGUUGCAUGUCCUGCAUCAUUUUGGAAACGUUUAUAUUAGAGAAUAUUAGAUAUACUCGGUCGGUGCUGGUGCAGCUGUGGCUUUUAAGAAGUAGAGAUAAAUUAUACUAAGAAGUAAUUUUUAUGGUUUUGGUGCAAUAGAUCAUCAAUCAGGAUU